AUGUAUACAUACAACAUACAAAACACCAUAUCUCCUCCAGAUGCGUACCUUGGUCAGUGGAGCGAUUGGACGCCGUGGACGUCGUGCACCAGGGGAUAUGACGGCGGGACCAAACUCAGGCGGAGGUACAAGGUUGCUGCGGGAGGGAGCACAGAGCGGGAAGAAGAAGUCACGAAGUGUAAUGAAGGUCAAGCCUUGUGGGGACCGGGGCCUUUCUUUGGAAAUUCAUCCUCUCCGUACCAAUGGGCCGGCUGCUGGACGGCAAAUAGACAUGACGACAUACUGCUGCAAUUGGGUUUCAUAUCUCUCGAAGACGAUCGGACCAUCCUCGACAUGGUCUAUGAUGCGAGGCUUGCCAGCGUCGAGAAGUGUUGUCUCCUCGGCUACAGCCUGGGUUACACCAUCGUGGCUCUACGUAACCGCCAAUGUUUCGGGAUGAAUACGACGCUGAAGAACCAGACGAUGUCUUACCAGACUGGGGGUCCAUCGCCUGGUUGUCAUAACGGCGAAGGACGUGCAGACGCGAUAGACGUUUACAUAAAUGCAAGCACUCUGGUUAAGGCCGAAUGGAGUGCGUGGUCCCCCUACUCUUCCUGCACCGCCGCCUGUGCCGGCGGUGUCACAAACAGAACCCGAACGUGCGCAAAUCCGCCACCACCAGUUGCUGGCGUAGGGGAAUGUAAUGGAACCAAGACGGAGGACAAAGUGUGCAAUACAUUCUCGUGUCCUAAUGAUUUCGGGGGUAUAUACUCUGGAGGCAGUGAGGAUAGGAAUCUGGACAGUUUCGAUCGAAUGGAUGGACCUCCGUGGAACAUUGGUGCCAGGCGGCGCGAAGGAUAUGCUAUCGAGAAUGUGCGGACGAAUGGAAAGUUUGAUGUUGUUUUUAAGGACCGAGGUCACUUAGAAACGACGAACACAGGCGAGGGUUUCAAUGAAGAGAACGAAGAAAGGGCUAGCCUCGCUCAAGGGUACAACAGUGACUAUUUUACUCCGAAUAAGAAGAUCCGAAGUCCGGAAACUAUCGACCCAAGCGGAAGGGCGGAGGAACCACACGACAGCAACAGGCCACCACGAAAACCUAAGCCUAGGCAUCCGAAUCAGAACAGUCCCGUUGUUGAGGUAACAAUUGGCGGGAAGCCGAACGUCUGGGCUAUGACGGUCCUGAAUGAACUGUCAACUAAGACCACUACUGACAGUAUAAGCCCGGAUGACACUGGAAGUGAGGGAGUAUCCUUAGACACUGAUGAAUCAGGAGAAGUCGCGACAUUUACUUCAGAAAUGGCCGAAACUGACGCCAAAGUGCGCACCAUUCGAAGCUCUGAUACUGAAGACACACCGGAGGAAACCUCUUCCGAAACAUAUGUAUCUAUUGGCGGGGUAUCUGCCAUAGAUAGAACUGGUAACCCCGCUAAAACGAGCAGUGAUGUAACAGAAACGAAUGAAACCACCACGAAUGGCAUUUUCCCAGAUUUCGCUAAAACUAGCAGUGUUAAUGAUGUCGUUUCCAUCGACACCCUUCCUGGUGACCAGUCACCGCCAAAUGUUACGGGUGUUUAUGCUAAAACAUUUAGUUCUGGUUUAACAGGUCCAGUUGUCCAUGAGUAUAAACAAAUUGGAUGUUUCAAGAACCACAACUCUGGUGCCAUACAAAAAGCAACAUGCUUUCACCUUGACGGAAACGAUGCUCUCAGGAACGACCCAAUUUCAAAAUGCGCAUUUUGCGCCCAUAUGGUUGGCACACCCAUAUUCGCCGUGGACAAGAACAACGUUUGCUACGCCGCGAAGGGAAAUGAAUGUAGCUUCGAUGUCUAUGGGAAAGUAGCGGGGAGUUCCAGCGAAUGUGAUCAUAGUCUUAGUGCGAGCCAUGUAACGGCGUAUGUCCUUGGAUCAAAAUUCGUACAGAUGCAUGGUUACGGCAUCGAGAUAGAGAGCUCAAUCGUUUGCCCAGAGAGGGGCCCAGUUGUCCCUCUCCCAACUGGUUCCCUCCCGAACCUCAGCGCGGAGAAGGCCACGGGGCUGCUGCGACUCACGGUCAGUGAAGCUAACAUGAAGAAAUUGCCGGAGCCGCAAGUAAAGAAAAUAAGACAGUUUCUGGCAGACGUUGCGGAGAAAACCGUGUUCACAUCAACAAUCAGUCAUACGUCAGAGUUUUUGAGCGCGUACAUCAGAGCAACCUACAACUUACUGUCAACCGGAUAUUUCCAAAACUCGCAUUCAAGGGAAAGUAAUAUCGCGGCCAGCGAGGUGCAAGAAACCCUCGAAACUUUCAUGGGAAGGGCUGCCGAAUCGCUUCAAACUAACGCUGUUUUCGGAAUGCAAGUAGGAGACAUAGCCGUUGAAGUGAGCUCUCAAUCUGCAUUCGAGGUCAUGAAAAAGGGUGCUCGCCUUCCGCGUAUUCAAAAGUUGCUUGAUGAAGAGUGUCUACUACCACCAUCUUACUUCAAGGAACUGCGUGGAACAGCCAUCGAUGGAAGUGAAAAUGAAAGACCAACUUUUGAACCGCAAUACGUGUCGUUUGUCGCUAUCAGCAUAAGCAAGGAAGCACUGAACCUCCCUCUGCAGCUAGAGGUCGAGCAGUCUAAUGACACUAUCGUUACCAUGAAGACGAACGUUGUAACAUUCUCCACCUCCUUAAAAACACCUCACGAUGUUGCCCAACCUGUUGUGGUGGUACUUGAGCACGCCAUACCAGGAAGCAAUGACAGCAAGAAGAAUGAUUCGUACAAGAUCGAAACGGAUUGUGUCUUUUGGAACUACUCCCUCAGCCCAGAGACUGGAGGAGCGUGGUCAACGAAUGGUUGCCGGCUGAACAGCACCAACGGCACCCAUACCAUAUGUCACUGCAAUCACUUGACAAGCUUUGCCGUCCUGAUGAAGUUCAUUCCCUCAGAGUCAGAAGAGACAAUGUUAGUGCUGGAUAUCGUCACCUAUGUUGGCAUCUGCGUCUCAAUAUUAUCACUCCUCGCCACAUUUGGGGUCUUCCUCUACCUGAACGAUAUCCUCCAUAGCGAGAGGACUACCAUCCAUAAAAACCUUAUGGUAGCGAUAGGUCUCGGACAAUUAGUUUUCAUCACUGGGAUCAAUGUGACGAAUGAUAAGAUAACGUGUACUGUUAUAGCAGUAUUGCUGCAUCUGUUCUUCUUGGCUAGUUUCAUGUGGAUGUUGGCCGAAGGCAUUCAUCUGUAUGCCAAAGUUAUUUACGUGUUCACCGGAGGAAGGAAUCUUUUGCCAUUAUUCUAUACUAUUGGCUGGGGUUUGCCAAUUGUUGUUGUCACCGUAUCAGCCGGCAUACGAAUUGAUGGAUACGGGACGAAGGAUUAUUGCUGGCUAUCACUUGAAGAUGGUUUGAUAUGGGCGUUCAUUGGUCCAGCAUUAUGUGUCAUUGCGAUCAACCUGAUGAUUCUGGUUCUUGUUGUGAGGAUAGUGAUUGUCGCCGCCGGUACCAUACCUCAGACUCAAGAUCCGAAGCUGAUAAGACAGGCAUGGUCUGCCAUAAAAGGCAUCGUCAUACUGACCCCGAUACUUGGCUUAUCAUGGCUGUUCGGGUUUGUAGCCCUCAACCGCGACCUGCUCGUGUUCGAAUUUCUCUUCACGUUCUGUAACGCUUUUCAAGGACUCUUCAUCUUCCUGUUCCACUGCGUUGGAAAUUCAGAGGUGCGAUCGGCUUUCAAAAGAAAACGGGAACAAAGUUCUUUAUCCAAAGAACUCCAGAGUGUGCGAAUCUCAACUCCAAUUACUGGUACAUGUAAAUCAAAUAAGAUGGCUAUUCCAAUCAUUGUCAUGAGUCAAUACGAAGGUUCCAAAGCAAAGUUAGGGAGCUGUGGCAGCUUUCGUUCGACUGGCAGCAGGGCUAAAGUGGCUCCAACUAGCCCUGAAGAUGGCCGAACAAAUCAGAAUGGGAGCGUGACACCCUUAAGCAUAGUCGAUUGCGUAACAUGUCCAAAGAAAGUCAACAUCACCAUAGAUCAACAACCGUAUACAGAGAUAGAGGACGACUUUGAGAGUUUUGACAGCAUUGGUGUCAGUACAUCCAGUGUUGGGAGUUUGUCCAAGAGCAUCGGACACGCCGAAGAAGACGGGAAACUUACAGAGGUGGAAUGCCCUUCUCGUUACAUCGUAAGAAAGAGCAAGAACACCGAUCUGCCGAAUCUUCCGUUUAAAACCAAGCCGAUUCUUUAUAAGAGGAAGCAGAAGGAUCGAUAUUAACUGGUGUGCACGCUGUUGAGAGGAUAAAUUGGCAAUAUUCGAUGAUGUUAAUUGAAGAUAAUAAGAGUAUUUCACCUGGGCUAUUUCCAUACUCUUUCGAUCGGACUAGCCUUUUGAGUCUGGUAAAGAUUCGAUCUGAGAACGUUCCAUGGGUGGAGUUUGGAGUGCGGUUGGGGUUGGGGAAUGUGACUGAGAAACAUUAUAGCCUAUUCCCGGUUUAGUGAUAUCUCUAACCCAACUUAACUUGAAAGUCGAACAGGUCAACAUACUUACAUGUAGUACAUUGUAAAAUGGGAUCUUAUAAUACAGGCAUCUUACAUUUAGUAACGGAGUCGAUUCGGUGAUUCGAAUUUCUUUGUACAUGCAAGAAAAUAGCAAGAAGGUCAAGUCAAGAUGGUAAAAUUCUGGGGGAAACUGGUCCUACAGGAACAAACUAUAGGCGGAAAAAUGUAUAAAAUUGCAUACCAUAGGCAACAAAACGGUCAAAAUAUCAAAUGGGUCGCGUUUGUCAAAAAUAUUUUGGAACUUUGUGGGCUCGGGGACAUCUGGCUGACACAGAUGUUCCCCAACGUUAAUUAUCUCGGUGAAAUUGUCAGAAGAGACGACUGCAGGACCAGUAUCUCCAAGAAUGGCGCAAUACUCUGAUAAACUCUCCAAAAUGUUUGAUCUACAGAGAAAUCAAGUUUGCAUGGGGUUUUGAGAAUUAUUUGCUUUGUCUAUCUCAAGCCCAACGUAUAUUACUCUGUAAAUUUAGAUGUACCAACCAUAAACUCCCUAUAGAAUUAGUCCGAUAUAAUAAUACCCCCCCCCCC